AUGCCGAUGUUUCGCCCUGCAAUAGCGCGCACGCCAUUCCAGUUGCUAACGAGAUAUACAGGGUCACGUCAUGUACCUUAUCGCUUGUUCAACACCAAAAAACCAAAUGCCUCAACAGCGCCCAGCAAACCCAAGGACAAGAAUGCGCCGAAGAAAGGCAAAGACAAAGAGCCCAAGUCGGACAAAGGGCCUGAUAGCGUGGAUGCUGUGAUGCCCAUACGCACGAAGAACGGUAUACAGGCACCAGAAUCUCCAUGGAUUUCAGGAGAGUCCAGUGACUCGCGCCUUGUGAGCCCUACCGCGGAGGACCUACUAAAACAGCGAUUCCUUCAUGCGCAGAAAAAGUCACCGGGCAACACGCUCAUGACUGGUGGAAGUGGGAGUGCUACCGAUAUGCCAUCGUUUUUUAGGACAUCGGCCUCAUCUGCUACCUCUUCUUCUACCAAGGAGACUGACGAGAAGAAGUCUGAUUCCUCGAAGAGUGCCGAUGCUUCUUCAUCUUCGUCCACCUCUUUUAUGGAGCCAGAUGAAACGAGUCUGAUGAACAUGUCGUCGUCCUCAGAAACGCAGUCUCCCCCUAAGAAAGAAGAGAAAGAGCCACUAUCAAAACAGAGUGCAUUCUCUGAUACCACCGUGGUGCCCUUCCCAGCCUUUCAAAGUGCCGCAUUGACGCCGAUUCAACGGAGCCGUGCCUAUACGAUACCUGACCAGCCAUUUGAUUCGCAUGUCUUUGUUCGUCGGCUAUUGGAUGGUGGAUGGCAGCGUUCUACACCGGCUACACCGAACACUGCGUCGUCGCGUCGUCAUGAUCCAGCAGAGGCGCUGAUGGAUCUUACACGUGAGCUGCUCAAGAAGCGGGGCGAGGCGUUGGCGGACGAGCAUAUCAAUCGAGGAGAUCUGGACAACCAGCUCUACCUCUUUUCGUCGGCGCUGGCUGAACUGCGUACUGAGGUGCGUGUACGUGCUCGGAACGACGGCGCAGCGCUUCGAAGUCUCACGUCGCUGCUAGAGCGCGAGAUUGAUGGUCUGUCGCAGAAACUACAAGCGGAUAUUGAACAAUUGAAGCAUGAUAUUCAGGUGGAUAUGAACAAUCGCAAGACGGAAGUACAGGAGGAGAACAACAAGUUAGAGCUGGAGAUCCAGGAUUUAAACAACCGAUUCACGAUUUUCCUGAGCGAUCUCAAGACGGAAAUCGAGCAAAGCAUCAAGUGGGAUGCAACACGCCGAGCCCUUGCACUGGUGUUCGGUAUCACUGCGAUUCUUGUGUGCACUCUUGCCAUGGCGGACUACUUUUCGCGGCAGGAGGCUGCGGCAUCGGACGAUACUGCGAGUCGCGGCACCGGUUCUGGCAAAUCGUCUCCGGCGCGGACAGCCUCUCGCGCGCCUAUUCCUAUCGAUCAUACCCUUCACGACCAGCCGGAUGAGCUUCCACCGAAAUCGGCCGAGGAAUGGGGGCUGCUGCCUCGAUACGAGUCGGACGAAGCCCGCUAUGUAUAA